AUGGUUUCAUUUUCAUUUCUUCCUCAUUUAUUUUCCAUUUUUCUCUCUUUUUCCAUUUUUCCUCUUUUAUUUUCAUUUUUCUCUCACUUUCUUUAUUUUUCCAUUUUUUACUUCUUUCUCUCUUUUACUUCCCAUUUCUGUCUCUCUUUUAUUUCCCAUUUCUUUCUCUCUUUUUUCUUUCUCUCUUUUUUUCCCAUUUUUUCAUUUUUCUCUCUUUUUUUUCUAUUUUAUUUUCAGUUUCUCUCUUUUUUUUUCUUUCUUUUUAUUUCCCAUUUCUGUCUCUCUUUUAUUUUCCAUUUCUGUUUCUCUUUUAUUUCCCAUUUUUUCUUUUUUAUUUUUUUCUCUAUUUUAUUUCUCAUUUCUGUCUCUCUUUUAUUAUCCAUAACUUCAUUUCUGUUCAGAUCUAUCUAUCUAUCUAUCUAUCUAUCUAUCUAUCUAUCUAUCUAUCUAUCUAUCUACUUCCUCGUUAUUUCUAGCUCGCUCAGCUUAUUUCAAUUUCUAUCAAUCUAUUUAUCUAUGUUUGUUCAUUAUCUAUCUAUCUAUCUAUCUAUCUAUCUAUCUAUCUAUCUAUCUAUCUCAGUUUGUUCACAUCUAUCUCUCUGUAUGUCUGUCUAUCUAUCUAUCUAUCUUCAUUAUCUAUCUAUCGAUCGAUCUACUAAGAGAGAAAGAGAAAUUGUCAAAAAAAGAGUGUGA